AUGACGUCUGUUGAGGAACUGAUGCGACUUUUACAGGAACAUGAAAAGGCUGUGCUAACCAGUUUAGAUGUAAUUGAGGGGAAGGCACAAAGAGACCAUGCAACGCAACGAGAACAUUUUCAAAUUUCUAUGAAUCAGUUACAAACACAUGUCGAUUGGUGCAAGGAUAUUUUACAGAGAAAGAAAAGUGUUGAAAUUUUGCAAGCACAUGCUCUAAUUGCCCAGUGCCGAGGUGUUCUAAAUGCAGAGAAAAAGAACAUUUAUAAACCAUCGCAUGUCAGAUACGAGAUAAAUAAAGAGCUUGUGGAGGAUGCUAGAAGCGCAGUUUCGUCGAUGGGUCAAGUAGUUGUUAGUAACACAGAUCCUUUGCAGUCGCUGGCUGAAGGAACAGGUCUGAAGGUAGGCGAAGUUGGACGCGAAGCAAAAAUUACCCUGACGACCAACGAUUUUGAUGGAAACCAAUGCUACGAUGAAAACGAUCGAAUAGCUGUGACAGUAAAGACUCCUUCGAGCAAAGGACUUAGCUACGUGAUUGAACCCAACAAAAAUGGUGAAUAUAGCGUCAGUUAUACCCCUGAUUGUGUUGGACAACAUGAAGUGCUGAUUGCUGUUAACGAUGAGCCACUGAAUGGUAGUCCUUGGAGCGUUUAUGUAACAAAUCGUUACAAAUAUUCAUUUUCGAUUGGUUUACAUGCAAGAGGACAAGGACAAUUUUUCCGGCCCAUUAGUAUUGCAAUAGAUGAUAAAUCUGGGAAUGUUGCAGUUGCCGAUGAAAAUAGAGUCCAGAUUUAUAGUUUAGAAGGCACGUACCUCAGAGAUGUUGCUAAAAACGGACUAAUUACACCCACGUCGGUAGCAUUCACCAAGUCAAGUGAACUCAUAGUUGUUUCUUCGUCAAAUUUGAUCUUUUGUUUUGAUCAGAGUUACAGAUUUGUGAAAACUAUAGCUCUAACCAACAAAGAGCUUAAUUCACCACGCCGCCUGACUAUUGCAGGUGAUGGACGCCUGGUGGUGUGUGAUUGGGGUGACCAUACAGUCAAGGUACUGUCCUCUGAUGGUUCACAGCUAUUGCUUACCAUCCGUGAAUCUGCCAAUGCACUUCCAAGGCAUGCUAUUAGUCAUCAGAAGAUGAUUUUUGUUUCCUGUUAUCUGGCAGGUGUUGUCAAGGUAUUUAGCGAGAAGGACGGUGUGUUUCUGUACAGUAUUGGUGUUUCCAACCUGAGUACUCCUGCUGGUCUUGAAGUUGACAGGUUUGAUAACCUGGUGGUAUGUGAUUGUGAUAACGCUAGACUUCAGAUAUUUACUCUUGACGGAAAAUUUCUAAACACAGUAAAAGGACGGCACGAUGGGCUUAGUGAGCCUUACUCUAUCGCCGUGUCGAGCGCUUCUCAGUUGUUUGUCACUGAUUAUAGCAAGCACUGUGUGCACGUUUUUCAGUGA